AUGCUAGUCUUUCAACAGAGACAUCCACCCGAAAGUAUACCCACUGAUAUUACACUAUCACAAUAUGUCAGCAUACAAGAAAAAGGAGUAUCAGCCUUUGAGUUUGAAUGGGAGAUGGAAACACAGAGUUUUGUGUCUGCAAGGACGGAAAUUCAAUUCUUUGCUGGUGAAUGUUGUGUUCAGACCAACCUACCUCUGCCAAGGAACCAAGAAGUCUAUUACUGGGAAGCCAAAAUAUUUGAAAAGCCUAGGACGACCAUGGUCUCUGUCGGUGUAGCCACUAAGCCAUAUCCUUAUUGGCGACUACCAGGCUGGAAUCGACAUUCGAUAGGCUAUUUUAGUCAUACAGGUCAUAAGCAUUUCAACAACCCGUUUGUUGGAAGACCUUAUGGUUAUCCUUAUGAAGAAGGCGAUGUCAUUGGUGUUGGCUAUCGUCAUCGUACAGGCACCAUCUUUUUCACACGAAAUGGACGCAAGUUGGACGAAGCUUGUUUUGGGUUACGGUAUAAUCUGUUUCCUACGAUUGGAGCGAAUGGUCCGUGCCAAAUUCAUGUGAAUCUUGGUCAAAGAGGGUUUGUAUUUGUGGAAGCCAACGUCAAGAAAUGGGGAUUGGCUCCUGUACAAGGCACGUUAGCACCUCCGCCUGCUUAUGGCUUUGAGGCUGGAUCCUUAUUACUGGAAAGAGGAAGGAUGGGCGAAACAAGUCAUUUAUUAGCACAACCCCAAAGAAACUAUCAUACGACGCAUCCUAUACCCUCUGAUGAUGAUGAUGAUAACAUGCCAUUAAGUCAAGUCCCUAUACCUCAAAUGCCUCUUUGUUCUCCACCUUCUUAUUCCACAUUUCCAAAAUCUUCUUUAUUAGCCAGAAGAAUGCAACAAGAAGAAGAAAGCCAAUAA